GCGAGGACUCAAACAGGAGAGUUUUUGCGCCCGUUUCUGCUUUUGCUUUCGGGCCUUCAUCGAUCUUCGACGGUGAUCACCCCACGCAGCUCUCCAUUGUCCAACGCAGCCACUCAGACUCGUUGGAACCGCGACAUCGCAACCAUCCCCCUUUCUGCCUUCUUUUCAUUCAUGUCUGUCGUUCACCGACGCAGCCCCGUGUUGUGUUGCACGCCGGAGCCGCAGGCAGAGCUCUACAAGCGUCAAGCUCCGCACCGGAAGCACUUUUAUUCGUGGGUGGCGACGGACAGGAGGCAGCUCGAGAUCACGGAGCGUCUGCUGCUUCGCGGCCUGCCCUACUACCAAGCCAGAAUUGCAGGUCUAAACACCAUCUCCACGGACGACAUACGCGGCUGCGAUGACGACCUAGCAGCCACGGCGGACACCUCUAGCGGUCUGCGCGCCGUGAGAAGCUCCGGCGACCUCGCGAACAUCGCCGCCGCAGCGGAGGCGGAGGAGGAGGUCGAUACGAGGGACGUGCUGGUGCUGGUGCACGGCUUCGCUGGCGGGGUGGCGGGGUGGGCGCAGAACUGGCGGUUCUUCGCGGAGCACUUCCGCGUCUACGCGAUGGACCUGCCGGGCUUUGCGCGCAGCGAGCGUCGUGCGCACCGUGCCACGUCGGUGCAGACGGCGAUGAACUUUGUAUGCGGCUACCUGGAGCGGUGGUUCCAGCGGCUGCGCUUUGGCAAGCCCGUCAUCGUCCUCGCCCACUCCUUCGGCUGCUUCGUGGCGGCGCACUACGCGAUGCGGUGCGGUCCGGCUGAGAUCAAGCAGCUCUGCCUGACCGAGCCGUGGGGGAUGGUGCGCGGCGACCGCAACCGCGUGAAGAAGUACCCCCUCCUCCUCCAGCUGAUGCUUACUCUCUUCUACCACGUCAGCCCCCUCGCUCUUUUGCGGGCGGCGGGUCCGGGAGGUCCGCAGCUGCUGCGCCACACCCGGCCUGACUUCGACGCGAAGUGGAAGUCGUUUCUCGAUAACACCGACCCGCUCUACGACUACUUGUACCACUGCAACGCGCAGAGAUCGCCUGUCGGGGAGACGCUCUUUCAGGCCUGCUGCCACUACGACGUCUGUGCGAAGGAGCCGCUGCAGGACGUGCUGCCGUUCAAGCUGGACAAGCGCAUCCGUGUGAUGCUUCUCUUUGGUGGCACGUCGUGGCUCGCGCCGGGUGAGGCGAUGGAAAUGGCCACCGUGAUGCGCGCGAAGAGUUUCCACGUCUUGGUCGACACGCUGCCUACCGCCGGGCAUCAGGUUUUUACGGAUGACGUGGACGGCUUCAACGAGAAGGUGCUAGACAUGCUGAACACCUUAGCGGCGGACUCGGACACGGGGGACGUCAAGGACAUCCAUGAGGAACCUCUGCAGUGA